AUGUCUGAGGUUAUCCAGGCUGUCUUCUUCGGGAUCUGCGUCUUGACUGACCUCUCCAGUCUUCUCACUAAAGGAAAUGACAGUCAAGAACAAGAGAGGCAGCUGAAAAAGCUCAUUUCCCUCCGUGACUGGGUGAUGGCUGUUCUAGCUUUCCCUGUGGGAGUGUUUGUUGUGACGAUGUUUUGGAGCAUCUAUAUCUAUGACAGGGAACUGGUUUACCCAAAGCUGCUUGAUAAUUUUAUACCGGCGUGGCUAAAUCAUGGAAUGCAUACAACAGUUUUGCCCUUUGUAUUAAUCGAGAUGAGAACAACACAUCAUCAGUAUCCCAGCAGGACCUGUGGACUGGCUGCAGUGUGCACCUUCGCUGUUGGCUAUAUUUUGUGGGUGUGCUGGAUCCACCACGUGACAGGAGUGUGGGUGUACCCACUUCUUGAGCACCUCAGCCCAGGUGUCAAAAUAAUCUUUUUUGCAGCUGUUACCGUAAUAAUUAACAUAUUCUACUUGGUAGGAGAGGUCCUGAACAACUACAUCUGGGAUACCCAAAAAUGUAUUGAAGAAGGAAAAGAAAAGCCGAAAUUGGACUGAACAAUACAGGCAACAUGGAGGAUUGUUCAUGGCUCCAUGGAAGAUUUCUCAUCCCCAACAGAGGCUGGCAUGGAGAGGAAUCUUUUGGAAAGGAGGAAGUUUAAUGGGCCCUCUGCUCAAUGCAAGGAUAUUUUUGGAUUUUAUAUGGAGGGAAAAUAAUUUUAGCUAAGAAUAAUAAUAAUGUUUCAACCUCCGUUCCUAUUUCUCCAUGCUUGCAUGUGACAUACACAUAUAAGAUGUAUAUUUAUCUCCACGGCAUUCUCAACGUGCGUUUCUUGCAUCAAAUAAGUCAGUAAAUCAUUAAGUCAUUAAAUCUUUUCACAAGAAGAACAAUGAGUCCAUUCUCUGUAUUGUUUGAGAAAAGCUUAACCAGAUAGGUCUAAUACGGGGAAACAAAACAAUCUUAUAUAUUUCAAAGUACAGUGUAAAAAUACAAUAGAAGUUAAUUGCAUGAAUGUAUCCGAAGAAGAAUUCAAUCUGACUGAAAUAUUAAUGUAACACUAUGUAACAGCUGCCUUAAAUCAGUGAUGUUAAUAAUUUUAUCAGUCCAGUAAAAUCUUAUUUGCAGUAUUAGACUAUCUGAAUAUGAUGCAACUUUUCUUAAAUAGACCUAAAUAAAGAUCAAAUUAUCCCCA